UGCACGCACUUGACUGCAGACCUUGGUCUCCACAGGAUUCUUCUCUGCUGGUCAGCAAUGUAUCAGCCAGCUGUGGUGAAGAACAGGAAGAGACUUUGUUUGGAACCCUGGGUUAUUGGCCUCAUCACCUUUAUCUCCCUGAUUGUCGUGGCCGUGUGCAUUGGACUUACUGUUCAUUAUGUGAGAUACAAUCAAAGGAAGACCUACAAUUACUAUAGCACAUUGUCAUUUACAAGUAACAAACUCUAUGGCGACUUUGGAAGAGAAGGUUCUAAAAACUUCACAGAAAUGAGCCAGAAAAUUGAAUCGAUGGUGAAAGAUGCAUUUCAUAAAUCUCCUUUGAGGGAAGAAUUUAUCAAGUCUCACAUUAUCAGGUUCAGUCAAGAGGAACAUGGAGUGUUGGCUCAUAUGCUGUUGAUUUUUAAAUUUCGCUCUACUGAGGAUCCUAAAGCCAUUGAUAAAAUUAUCCAACAAGUUCUACCUGAAAAGCUGCAAGAUGCUGUAGGACCCCCUAAAUUAGAUCCUGCAUCAGUUGAAAUUAAAAAAAUCAACAAGACAGAAACAGACAACUUUCUAAACAGCUGCUGUGGGACAAGGAGGAGUAAAACUGCAAGUGAGAGUCUGCGAAUCGUCGGUGGGACACAGGUGGAAGAGGGCGAAUGGCCGUGGCAAGCUAGCCUGCAAUGGGAUGGCACCCAUCGCUGUGGGGCAACUCUAAUUAACAGCACGUGGCUUGUGAGUGCUGCUCACUGCUUUAGAACGUAUAAGGACCCAGACAGAUGGACUGUUUCCUUUGGAGUAACAAUAAACCCUCCAAAGAUGAAACGAAGACUCAGAAGAAUAGUUGUCCAUGAAAAAUAUAAGUAUCCAUCACAUGACUAUGAUAUUUCAGUUGCAGAGCUUUCCAGCCCUGUUCCCUACACAAAUGCAGUACAUAGGAUUUGUCUCCCUGAUGCAUCCCAUGAGUUUCACCCAGGCAGUGAGAUGUUUGUGACAGGAUUUGGAGCACUGCAAAAUGACGGUAGUAGUCAAAAUCAUCUUUGGCAAGUAGAGGUGGAUCUCAUAGACACUCAAACCUGUAACGAACCCCAAUCUUAUAAUGGUGCCAUAACUCCUAGAAUGUUAUGUGCUGGCUCCUUGAAAGGAAAAAGAGAUGCGUGCCAGGGUGACUCCGGAGGACCACUGGUUAGUGCAGAUGCCAGAGAUAUCUGGUAUCUUGCUGGAAUAGUGAGCUGGGGCGAUGAAUGUGCCCAACCUAAUAAGCCCGGUGUUUACACUAGAGUGACUGCUUUCCGGGACUGGAUCCGUUCCAAAACUUGUAUCUAAGAGAGAAAACCCUAGUAGAAUGGAACACAUGGUUUGUGUAUGGACCAUGCUCAGAGAUUCUCAGAGAGACAGAAUCCCAAAAGAAGUCUUGCAGAUCACCCGGAUUGGACCCAUCUAACUAAACUGUCUGCUUGAUGUGCAUGUUUCUUUCCUAGCUCUGCUUCACCCUGAGCAUCCUGCUCUGCAGAUAUGUUCUGUCCCAAUUUGCAUUCACUUGUUUUCUAGAAGUUUUGUCAUCAAAAUUUUGGCUCGUUGACAUA